AUGCCGCCAAAGUCUGCCGUCGCUGCGGAGCGGCUCAAGAAGGAGCUGGCCGCCCAGAAGGCUCGUGCCGAAGCGCUCAAGCAUCUCCAGAGCACCGGUAGCGGCCCGAGCCAGCGCGAACUGGCGCAGCAGCAGCAACUGAGGCAGAAGCAGACAGCCAACGCCACCUCCGCAGUGGCGCAGCGUCGCGUGCUAGGCGCGCAGCCGCAGGAGCAGUCGGCAGCCGACAAGCUCGACCCUCGCGUGAGGGACAACACGCUGCAUGCAGUGGCUUUGAGGCGCGCUCAGGAGCUGCAGAAGACGCAGCAGAUCGAGCAGAAGACGGAGAGCUACAGGCUGGACUUCCACUCGACAGAACGCAACGCCCUCCCUCCAGGGUGGCAGGAAGUGGUGGACCCGGCGUCUGGAGACCGGUACUAUUGGAACGAGGUGGGCAACAAUAGCUAG